AUGUAUGUCUCUCUCCAAGGUGCUAUCGACUUGGCUGUGGAUGAUGGAUGGAUAGCCUUGGUCGAGCACGGUGACGAUGUCGGCCUUGGUUGCCCGGGAUUCGAGUUAAUAGCCAGAUCCAAGAGCGGCCUUGCAAACGGUUUGGUUAUGCUCGCAGCUUGGAAGAGUAACAAGGGCGAAUGGAUGGAUAAUCGGUUUUGGCAAUGUCUGAUGUUGAUGUGGGGAGGGAAAGCAUUGAGGGAACCUGGCGAGGCGAGUUCGAGUCGAGAGUCGAGUCGGGUCGAGUCAAGCUUGGAGUGGAGGGGAACGAAUGGCUGGACAACUGGCUGGGAUGCAGAUUCUAAUGCAUUUGGGUCCCACCACAAAGCACAGGUACAAGCACAAAAUAAAACGACCUUCUACACAAGGAAACUGCACGUGGAUACGGUUCAGAUCCAAAUAAGGAAUCAAAAUGAAAAGAGCGAAAGAGGGAUCCAAAAAAUGACGAACACGGUUGAAGACGCGGAUAUUAGUUCCCAAAAGCCUGAAAACGGUCCGCUUAGCAGAUGA